AUGUUCAAAAAGUCAAAUAGCUUAAAAAGAGCAUUAAGUGUUCCAUGGAUACAUUCAAGCAGUUCUUUAAAAUAUGCCAAGAAGUGGUAUCCAGAUGUUGAAUACUAUAAACAAUAUGCAGGACCUGUCUUGUAUCCAGAUUGGGAUGUUACAGGAUGGAAGCCUAAAUGGAAUGGACUUAAACAUCCACCACAAUAUUCUUUCAAGAACUAUGUUAUCAAUUUUGGUCCUCAACAUCCAGCUUGCCAUGGUGUUUUAAGACUUGUCCUCACCUUAGAUGGAGAAACUAUAGUUCGGGCUGAUCCCCAUAUUGGAUUAUUACACAGAGCAACUGAAAAGCUUAUAGAAUAUAAAACGUAUAUGCAAGCUCUACCUUACUUUGAUAGACUGGACUACGUCUCUAUGAUGGCAAAUGAGCAAUGUUUCUGUCUGGCUGUUGAAAAAUUGCUGAAUAUUAACAUUCCAAAAAGAGCGAAAUACAUUAGAACUUUAUUCUCGGAAAUAUCUCGCUUACUAAAUCAUCUGGUUGCUAUUGGCUGCGGCGCCAUUGAUCUAGGAGCAAUUACAUUAUUUUUUUGGUUUUUCGAGGAGCGUGAGAAAUUGAUGGAAUUUUACGAGCGCGCUUCUGGUGCCCGGAUGCACGCAGCAUAUGUGCGUAUUGGAGGUGUACAUCAAGACAUUCCUCUUGGUCUUUUAGAUGAUAUCUAUGAUUUUAUAUCAAAAUUUGGAGAGCGUUUAGAUGAAGCAGAAGAUGUCAUAACAAAAAACAGACUGAUUAUAGCAAGGACGCAAGAUAUUGGAAUUGUGAAUGCUCACGAUGCUCUUAAUAUGGGUUUUAGUGGCGUUAUGCUUAGAGGAUCUGGAGUAAAGUGGGAUUUACGUAAAAGCCAGCCCUAUGAUGCAUAUUGCGAUAUGGUAUUUGAUGUACCAAUUGGAAGUAAAGGCGAUUGCUAUGAUAGGAUGUUAGUGCGGUUAGCCGAAAUGCGCCAAUCUCUGCGCAUUAUAGAACAAUGUAUUAAUCGAAUGCCUGCCGGUGAAGUCGCAAUCGAUGACAUGAAAAUUAGUCCUCCUCGCAGGAAAACUAUGAUACAAUCAAUGGAGGGUUUGAUAAAUCAUUUUAAAUUGUUCAGCAGAGGAUUUGAUGUUCCCCCUGGUUCAACUUAUACUGCAAUAGAAGCUCCAAAAGGUGAAUUUGGAGUAUAUUUGGUGUCGGAUGGAUCCAGUAGACCAUAUAGAUGCAAGAUAAAAGCACCAGGAUUUGCGCAUCUUGCCGGUCUGUCGACUUUGGCCCCUAAAUUAUUCCUUGCAGAUAUUUGUGCAGUGCUUGGGACGUUAGACAUUGUUUUUGGCGAAAUAGAUAGAUAA